AGCUUUGAACCUGCAGAUAUCACUCAAGAAAUAAGCGCAUGGGAUUCGGAGAGAUCCUCUGAGAAACAUGCUGACGAUGCGCAGCUGAACGUGCACAGACCAGCAAAACCAGACAUUUACACAGUUCAUACAGUACAGCAGUUCCAGGAGCUAGAGAUCCCGAAUCAAGAGCCUGGUUACACACACAGGAUGUGAGCAGGGACAGGUUCAGUUUGCAUCACAAUGCAAAGAGCCGUGUUCCUGUGGAGUGCACAGUGAGGAAUGAGAAGGAGCAGAGUAGAGAAGCGAGGAGUUUGCUGCAGAGCAUGCAUCGGAAGGCAGGAGCGGCAGUGGCAGUGAUUAUGCAGAGCUCAGUGUGCACAUGUUUAGUGAGGAUCAGUGCCGGGUGCAGCGGCUGCGGACAGUAACGGAGCUGUCUGGCUAAUGAAGGCCACCUGGAUCAGGCUUCUGAAACGAGCCAAAGGAGGACGAUUGAAGAAUUCUGACAUCUGUGGUUCGGCGGACUCCUACACCAGCCGUCCAUCUGAUUCUGAUGUUUCUCUUGAGGAAGACAGGGACGCUGUACGGAGAGAAGCACAGCGGCAAGCCCAGGCACAGCUGGAAAAAGCAAAGGCUAAGCAUGUUGCGUUUGCUGUUCGGACCAACGUCAACUACAGCGCAGCCCGUGACGAUGAGGUCCCUGUCCCCAGCAUGGCUGUCUCUUUUGAAGCAAAGGAUUUCCUUCACGUCAAAGAGAAAUUUAAUAAUGACUGGUGGAUAGGACGGUUGGUUAAAGAGGGUUGUGAAAUAGGCUUCAUCCCAAGCCCGGUGAAACUGGAGAACAUGCGAAUACAGCACGAGCAGCGGGCGAAAGGGAAAUUCUACUCAAGUAAAUCAGGAGGAAACUCAUCUACCAGUUUAGGUGACGUGGUAGCUAGUUCCAGAAAAUCUACUCCUCCAGCAUCUGCAAGGAUUUCAUCAGAUCUUACUCCCAAGUUUAAAUUUGUCUUGAGGCCCUGGCUGGAGAUUAACUAUACUGAUAUAGAUGCCACUGGCUUAGAUGCGGAAGACAUUGAGAGCCCAGCCAACCACCGCUCCCCUAAAACCAGUCCAAACAAUGUAACGUCCCCCCUUUCCAAAGAGAAAAGAAUGCCCUUCUUUAAGAAGGUAAAGACAGAACACAUCCCUCCGUACGAUGUAGUGCCUUCUAUGCGACCUGUAGUUUUAGUGGGGCCUUCUUUGAAAGGAUAUGAGGUGACGGACAUGAUGCAGAAAGCACUGUUUGACUUUUUAAAACACAGAUUCGAAGGACGAAUAUCAAUCACACGGGUCACAGCAGACAUCUCACUUGCCAAACGCUCAGUAUUAAACAAUCCCAGUAAACAUGCAAUAAUCGAGCGCUCCAACACAAGGUCCAGUUUAGAUGCUUUGGCUGAAGUACAAAGCGAAAUUGAACGGAUUUUUGAACUAGCAAGAACCCUGCAGCUGGUAGUGCUGGACGCUGACACUAUCAACCAUCCAGCUCAGCUGGGAAAAACUUCACUUGCGCCAAUCAUUGUUUAUGUAAAGAUUUCAUCUCCAAAGGUUUUACAGAGGUUAAUAAAAUCCCGAGGGAAAUCACAGGCAAAGCACUUGAAUGUCCAGAUGGUAGCAGCUGACAAACUGACCCAGUGUCCUCAAGACAUGUUUGAUGUCAUUCUGGACGAGAAUCAGCUGGAAGAUGCCUGUGAACACAUGGCUGACUAUUUGGAAGCCUACUGGAAGUCAACGCAUCCCCCAAGCAGCAACCCUCCGAACCCUCUCCUGAGCUCCACACUGGCCACAGCAGCCCUGCCAGCCAGCCCUGUGCCCGUCUCCAACCUCCAGGGAUCCCAAGGAGAACAGAAAAGCGUGAAGUCGGCGCCUGAACGGACCGGUUCCCGAGAACAGGAGGAGGAGGAGCCCCGAACUGAGCCUACGAAGAAAUCACAGCAUCGCUCCUCCUCCUCGGCCACCGCACAGCACCAUACCCACCAUCGGCACCACCGGAGCGGAGGCGGGGCGGGCAGCCGGGGCCUUGCCUACCAGGAGACCUUUGACUCGGAGACUCAGGACAGCAGGGACUCAGCCUACGUGGAGCCCAAGGAGGAGUUCACAGAGGAGCAGGACGAGCAUUACGAUUCCCACAGGGAACACAAUCACAAGGACGAGUCUCACAGGGGCGGCGGGGGUGAACACAGGCACCGAGAGUCACGGCACCGGUCAAAGGAACGUGACCGGGAACAAGAUCACAACGAGCGCAACAAACAGCGCAGCCGGCACAAAUCCAGAGACUGCUUCAACGAAAGGGACGGUGAAGUCGUAUCCAAAAAACGGAAUGACGUCGCUGAAUGGAACCAGGAUGUGUACAUUCAACAGUAACUUUUGCUGACUUGGCUACAGCCCUCCACCCACCACUGCUCCCCACCAUCGCACCCUUGACUCCCAAACCUACCCUUUCUUUGUGUUCCUUUUAAAUUGACAAAGAGUAAAAGAGUUUUGUGUAACAUUCGUACCUCCAAUUGACCCUACUUUCUAGUCUACAUGGCAAACCUUGUUAAUGUGAGACUACUUUGUACAGCUGUUGCUAAUACAGCAGCUGUGUUAUAGAAAGAAAUAAAAGAUAUAUACAUAUUUUUCAUUUGUGCUCUAUUUAAAUGAGCAUGGUACAAUUGCAGACACUCCAGUGUUGUGCUGUGCUUCUUGAGGGAAUUGUUUGGUACCUGCCACUUGAACAAUAUAUAUUACAAUCAAACUAUAUACAUGAGGCUGAAAUUUCCUUUGUUUUCAGCAAGCUGGGAUUAGCAUUGUAAUCCUUUCUUUUAUGGUUUACAUAUUUUGCAUGCUAAUAAUUGAAAGGUUAUUAAUUAUACGUACUUCUUUUGGGACUUAACUUGGUCUUGCCUUACAAGACAAAGGAAUAGUAACACAAUGUUCUGAUGCUGUCUUAAAAAGAAGUAUCAUACUGUUUGUAUUUAGACACUUUAUACCAAGUUGGACUUGCCCAAAGUGAUUUUAGUGCUUUUAAAUUGACAAAGUAUAAUUAACCUCUCUCAUGGAUUUGCAGUGGUAAACAUGGUUAAGUAUGUAUUGGUAUGUUUUCUAUUUUAAUUGCAUAAUUAAAAUAGAUUUGAACACAUAGAAUCAGCGAGUGUGAAUUCAGUUUUAAUUCUUAUAGAGCCCCCUUUAAUUUAAGCAGAUUAUCAAUUCUAAUAAGUCAAACCAUUUGUGGCAGAGCACAGCUCUGCUCUUUAGAAAUUGGCAGGGAUGGGGUUAAAUUCC